AUGACACGUGGUAACCAGCGGGAUAACGAUCGGGCUAAGGCCCAGAAGAAGGCCAAUGCUACAAAAGGGAAGAACACCCAGACUGGCUCCCAAUUCCAGAAGGCCAAGGAGGAUGCUGCCUCCAUUAUGCGCGAAAAGCAGCGCAAAGCCGACGAGAAAAAGGCUGCAGAAGCAGCCGGGCAAAAGAAAUGA